AUGUCUAAUCAAUUAACUCUUGAAGAUUUCAAAGACAUCAAAUUGAAUCCAAAUGCAACUCCCUUUGAAGUUUUGGUAGUUGUUGCACAAGUUGCUCGGCAAAAGCUCAGGAACAAAGCAAAUUCUGAGGCUUACUCAUCAUCAUCAUCAUCAUUAGCUGAAGGAAAUAAUGCCCAACCAGUCCCACCGCGGAAAAAGAGGAAAAAAUCCUCUGUCAUCACGCAUAAUAAUGGUAAUAAUUCAAAAACAAAUCAUCUUGAGAUUACCUCUGAAGAAUGGAUAAGGAAAUUCACAGAAAAGAAGAGGAGGGAAGAUAUUCUGGACGCGCCACCCUUGCCGGAGGAAUUUGAAGCACGAAUCAUCGAGAAAUGCGGCGGAACGAGGCCAAAUCAAAUCAUCCACAUCUACCAAAAGACUUUAUAUGGCACAGAUGUGAACAAACAACAUGGGAGACUCACCAUGUGUUGUAACAAGAUAGAGAGUUUUGAAUUCAUGAAAGAUGAUGAGAUUACAAGGCUUAGGCUAGGAGGAGAUAUUAAAGUGCCUUUGAUUCAUAAACCCAAGGAGGAGGAGGAGGAGGAUAAUGGAGUGGCUCUUCCUCCUCUUAGUGAGACCACAUUGACCUUCAAACAAUGGGAUUUGCAUAAAAGUGACAAUGACCCUCAAAAAAUAAGCUAUCAAUAUGUAUUGAAUGGUGGUUGGAACAGGAUUGUUUUUGAAGACAAACUCGAAAAGGGCCAUACAAUUGAUGUUUGGGCAUUCAGAGAUAGCGAGGACAUGCUUUGCAUGGCACUCAUCAAACGGGAAUGA